AAGUACACACAGUCAGGCAGUCAGUCUCUUAAACACAACAGCAGCAGAUUUCUCACUGCAGCGAUGGCAUCAACAAUUAAAGAUAUGAGGAUUGUGCUGGUGGGUAAAACUGGAUCAGGAAAGAGUGCAUCAGGAAACAAGAUACUGGGUAGAGAUGCAUUUAAGGAAAGUUGUUCCCCUAAGGCUGUUACUAGACAUUGUGAAAAAGAAGAAACAACAAAAGAGAAUAGAAAAAUCUCAUUGACCGACACCCCAGGACUCUUUGAUAAAUCAAUCAGUAAUGAAGAACUGAAGUCUGAAAUACAGAAGUGUAUAGAGAUGUCCAUUCCUGGUCCUCAUGUGUUCCUGCUCGUCAUCAAAGUGGGAAGAUUCACAGAUGAGGAACAGAACACAGUGAAGUGGAUUCAGGAGAAUUUUGGUGAAGAUGCGGCACAGUACACCAUCAUUCUGUUCACUCAUGUAGAUAUGCUGUAUGAUGAACCAUUAGAUGAAUAUAUCGCAGAGAGUCCAGAAAUAGAGGCAUUAAUUGAGAGGUGUGGGGGUAGAUAUCACGCAUUUAACAAUAGAGAUAAAAAUGAUCAAACUCAGGUAACAGAGUUGCUGCAGAAGAUUGAUAAAAUGGUGGAGAUUAAUGGAAGAAAGUACUACACUAAUGAGAUUUAUAAACAAGCUCAGAGACGCAUAUUAAUGCAAAAACGAAAAGAUAUAGGACUAAAAGUAGCAAAAUAUGGAGGAGGGGCCUUGGCAGUAGGUGCAUUAGGUGCAUUAGGUGCAGUAGGUGCAGUAGUUGCAGUAGGUGCAAGUGCAACAGGUGCAACCGGUGCAGCUGCUUUAGCUGCAGGCAGACAAGCCAUAAUAGAAGUGGCCAAAGCAACAGCAGGACCUGCUUCAGAACUUGUAUUAAGAGCAGCCCGUUUUAAGUAGAGCAAAUUUUUAAACACUAACUGGCAGAUGUUUUCAUAUAUCGCUUACCAAUUGUGAGAUUGAUGCAUAACAGACAUAUUGUGCUGAAUCAUAUCUGCCCUUUUUAUUUUCUCAUUAUAACUGGUAUCAAUGUGAUUUUCAGUGGAUGAAUUUAGUCAGCUCUUAUACAGUUUUAAGUGUCCAAAUUUUGCAUUAGUUGUAGUUCUGUCUUUGUUGCCUCACACUAUUGUACUAACCUGUGUGAGGUUUCCACUGAUUAGUCUCUAUUUAUAUACACAUGUGUUUCUUGUGAUUAUUGUCCAUAAUUAGGGUCAUUGUGUUUCUUUUUUUUGGGGGGGUUCUUUGUCAUUUGGGUUUAUGUCACUUGGAUACUUUAAUCAUAGAAACUGCUGAAAUUAUAAAACUGUUUGUCAGGGCAUGUAGUCAUGUUGAAUAAAGGGUGUGUAGUCAUGUUGCUAUGAAAGAUGCUGAUGUCACAGGCAGCAUACUGAAGAUAAUGUGAUGUUGCAUGGUCUUAAUACCAAUAGUACCAAUUGUAAAAGUGUUUAGUCAUGCUUUAUAUGUACUUUUGUCUCAUAUUCACACUUUAUUGUUUAGACAUUUCUUGACUAAGCAAAGAGAGGAAUUUUGCCUGCAUUGUCCCAAUACUUAUUGAGGACACUUAUUCUCGAUAGUUUAUGGGAUAAUUGUAGAUGACAAAAAGAUACAUAGAUGUAUAUGCAAUCCUUUCAUUUGUCAA